AUGGAAUGCAUUCCCUACAAGCUUCUCUUCCUCUUUCUUGCUCUCUCAACCUCCGUGGCAGAAGAUCUGGGAACCUAUAUAAUCCACAUGGAUAAAUCAGCCAUGCCAAUGACCUUCUCCAGUCAUCAUGACUGGUACAGGUCAACGCUCUCAUCCAUGUCGUCCCCAGAUGGUAUUCUCCCAACCCAUCUCUACACAUAUAAUCACGUUUUGGAUGGUUUCAGUGCAGUGCUGUCCCGUGCACACCUUGAUCAAUUGGAGAAGAUGGCAGGUCACUUGGCAACAUACCCGGAUAGCUUUGGAAAACUACACACCACACACACCCCAAAGUUUCUUGGUCUGGAGAAAAAAGUUGGGUCCUGGCCGAAAGGUAAGUUCGGUGAAGACAUGAUUAUUGGUAUACUUGACAGUGGAAUUUGGCCAGAGAGUGAGAGUUUCAAGGAUAAGGGAAUGGCUCCGGUGCCAGAUAGAUGGAGAGGUGCCUGUGAAUCUGGGGUGGAAUUUAACUCUUCUUAUUGUAACCGAAAACUAAUUGGAGCACGGUCUUUCAGUAAAGGGAUGAAGCAACGAGGCUUGAAUAUAUCCUUGCCUGAUGAUUACGAUUCUCCCAGGGAUUUCCUUGGACACGGGACUCACACAUCGUCAACCGCAGCUGGGAGUCCAGUGAGAGAUGCCAAUUAUUUUGGCUAUGCAAAAGGAACGGCUACUGGCGUUGCACCCAAGGCUAGGCUUGCCAUGUACAAAGUUUUUUUCUUCAGUGACAGCAGUGAUCCGGAAGCGGCUGCCUCAGACACAUUAGCCGGAAUGGACCAAGCCAUCGCAGACGGUGUCGAUCUUAUGUCUCUAUCACUGGGAUUCUUCGAGACAACUUUUGACGAAAACCCAAUUGCAGUGGGAGCUUUUGCAGCCAUGGAGAAAGGGAUUUUUGUGUCUUGUUCAGCUGGGAACGCUGGUCCUCAUGGUUACACUAUCUUCAAUGGAGCUCCUUGGAUUACAACCAUUGGUGCUGGGACUAUUGAUCGAGAUUAUGCCGCUGAUGUGACACUAGGCAAUGGCAUCUUAAGAGUCAGAGGAAAAUCUGUCUACCCAGAAGACGUGUUCAUCUCUAACGUUCCUCUCUACUUUGGCCAUGGAAAUGCAAGCAAGGAAACCUGCGACUACAAUGCUCUAGAGCCCCAAGAAGUUGCAGGCAAGAUUGUGUUCUGUGACUUUCCAGGAGGCUAUCAGCAGGAUGAAAUAGAGAGAGUAGGAGCUGCAGGAGCCAUCUUCAGUACAGACUCACAAAAUUUUCUCGGGCCGAGAGAUUUUUAUAUACCAUUCGUGGCUGUAAGCCAUAAAGAUGGAGAUUUGGUGAAGGAUUACAUAAUCAAAUCAGAGAAUCCUGUGGUUGAUAUCAAGUUCCAGAAAACAGUGCUGGGUGCUAAACCAGCUCCGCAGGUGGCCUGGUUUUCGUCACGGGGACCCAGUCGUAGGGCUCCAAUGAUAUUGAAGCCUGAUAUAUUGGCUCCUGGGGUGGAUAUCUUAGCUGCAUGGGCACCCAACAUAGGAAUUACACCAAUAGGGGACGAUUACCUGCUCACCGAUUACGCUCUCUUGUCUGGAACCUCUAUGGCCUCUCCCCAUGCAGUUGGGGUAGCUGCACUGCUGAAAUCAGCACACCCAGAUUGGAGCCCAGCUGCCAUUCGCUCGGCAAUGAUGACAACAGCAUACCUGCUUGAUAACACUCAAGGACCAAUCAUGGAUAUGACCACUGGAGUUGCAGGGACUCCUCUCGAUUUUGGAGCAGGGCACAUAAACCCCAACAUGGCCAUGGAUCCUGGUCUAGUUUAUGAUAUAGAGGCCCAAGACUAUAUCAAUUUCCUGUGUGGAUUGAACUACACCAGCAAACAGAUUAAGAUCAUCACCAGGAGAUCAAAGUUCAGCUGUGAUCAAGCCAAUCUAGACCUAAAUUACCCUUCAUUUAUGGUCCUCCUCAACAAUACUAACACUACAAGCUACACCUUCAAGAGGGUGUUGACAAAUGUAGAGAAUACCCAUACCGUUUAUCAUGCCAGUGUGAAGCAACCGUCAGGGAUGAAAGUUUCUGUGCAGCCCUCUAUAGUUUCAUUUGCUGGUAAAUACAGCAAGGCUGAAUUCAACAUGACGGUAGAGAUCAAUCUGGGAGAUGCCAGACCACAGAGCGAUUACAUUGGAAAUUUCGGGUAUUUAACCUGGUGGGAGGCUAAUGGGACUCAUGUUGUGAGCAGUCCUAUUGUCUCCGCCAUUGCACCUAUCAUCAGAACUUGACCAGCAACUGAUCAAUCUUAUUUCAUGACCUUGUGAGCUGUUGAUUGAUCAUUUCUUUCGGAAGAGCAUAGAUUUUCAUGGGACCUAGCUGGCAACUUGAUUAAGAAAUGCAUGUCAGUUUGACAGGAUUCAAAACAAAUAAAAUUAUUUUUACUUGAUAGUUUUCUUCUCAUCUACCCAAUAAGCUGCCCAUUAACAUACAAUUUCACUAGCACCAUGCAAAAUGACAAUAAGUUUUAGUAAGUGAUUGCUAUGCCAAUUAGCACCAACCA